AUGGAGAGUACACUAAAAGUCUAUAGUAUUAUCGUUGGAAUAGACUUUGGAACUACUUUUUCAGGCUACCAAAUAGCGAGUUUAAAGGAUGAUGAAGCGGAAGAGUAUGAAUACCCUAUAGAGGAUGACGAACCUUGGAUCUAUAAAGAAGCCCCAUCCACAAUGUUUUAUAAAAAAGAAUACAAGGAACUUCUUCAAUAUGGAGAAGAUGCCAAUGAUGAAGUCCGUCUUAAUCCCGACUCAGGAUAUUACGUGACAAGAGUCAAACUAUGGCUGGACAGAACUAUCAAAGACCAUCUACCCUUACCGCACAAUCUAACCCCAGUAGAAGUUAUUGGUGAUUACUUGAGAGAAAUGUACAAAGACAUAUGCAAAAAUGUACCUAAAGAGUACCCAGCAUGUAUAGACUCUUCCGAGUACAGAUAUUGUAUGACAGUCCCAACUAUAUGGUCUGAAGAAUCAAAGGGUAUCAUGAGAGAGGCUGCAAUAUUGGCUGGUAUCAUCACAAAAUAUGAUGAGCCCGGAAGAUUAUUGAUUGUUGAUGAAGCUGUUGCUGCUGCCUUGCACGCUGAAUACGAGUCCCCUGAAUUAGUACUCGAAAAUGGUGAUUGUUACAUGAUAUGUGAUGCUGGUGGCGGAACUGUAGAUAUUGCUGUAUUUGAACGAGACAACUCAUCGGGAGUAAAUGGCUUAAAAGAACUUACCAUGGGAACUGGUAGUUCUUGUGGAUCCAGCUUUGUGGAUGCUCAGUUUGAAACUAUGCUGAGAGAAAAGGUUUCUAAAUAUCCCGGAAUCAAUGACUGGGAUAUAUAUAUUACUACAUAUACUUUUAAAGAAGGUUUAAAGGAAUUAUUUGGUGGUGAUGACAACGAAAAUAUAGUCGAAGCUUUGGAUGAAAUUAAUCGUGAACUUAUUACGAAUCAUCCAGAAAUUGACGAGGAGUUGUUUACAUUGGACGAUAUCCGCAAAACAUUCGAGCCAGUAGUAGAUGAAGUACUUCAUGUAAUUGAAAAACAAUUUUCGCAACUAGGAGACAGAGAAGUGGAUGUAAUGUUUAUUACUGGAGGAUUCGGGCAAUCGCCAUAUCUUCAAGAACGAAUCCAAAAUACUUUUGAUGAUCGAGUCAAGACUUUCAAGGUUAUUGAAGAAUCAUAUUUGGCAGUAAUGAAAGGAGCAGCCUUAUUCGGUCAACAUCCACGCAAAGUUACUCAACGUAUUUUACGCCGUACAUACGGAAUCAAGAUCUGUUCACCUAUUGAUGAGACUGAAAAUGACACCAAUACAAAAUCGAGCAAAAAUAGAUUUUAUAUGUGUAUUCGUAAGGGAGACCCAGUCAAAGAAGACACAUGGGUUACAAGAAAGAUCAUCUGGAAAAAGAAUGUUGUCCCAAUUAUAUCUAUGUAUGCAUACGACGGUGAUGAGCCAAUUCCAGAGUAUCCUACUGCUAAAGAAAUUGAUUUAGUGGCUAUCUUCGAUACCAAGUUUCCAAUCGAUGAUAGAAAGGAGGUUAACUAUGAAAUAUUGGUCAUGAGAAUGCGCUUUGGUUUGGAUAAAAUUGACAUCAAAGUAAAUAUCGCAGGCAGAGACUUCGAAUAUGUUACAGUUUGGGAUGUUACUGGAGAAAAGACGACCCAGCUUUACAGCGAGCCCUUUCCACCACCAAAUGUCAAAGUACGAAAGUUUUGGCUACUAGACACAAUAGUAAAGCAUCUUCCUUAA